GCUCCCUGAAUGAUAAGGAGGCUUUGCUGUGUAUGUGCAUAGCAUAUUCGGCGUUUGAUUUGGAUGUUGGCAAGAAAUUGACACCGAGAUAACAAUUAUUUUGCUUUCCAGAGACAGAUACACAUGCUGUUUUGUAAGGAUACGUCUGAUACCUGGAUAUAACCAUGUUUUUGUGGUUUAAAGUCUUGGUGUUUGGCUUGGCCCUUGUGGAAAUGGAUGCUGUCAAAACCGAGCCAACAACACCAGAAACAGCAUCUCAUAAAACAGAUGCAGAUGAUCUGAAAAAUGCUUCCUCCAUGCUACUCACCACACCAUCCACUGGCAUUCCAGCAAGCACCUCUCAGAUUCCCUCAGACAUCACCACAACCACAAUAGAAGCUGAUACUACUCCCAAGGACUGCACUCCUUAUCAUUUUUCAGUGAAAAAUUAUACGUUUGAUGGCUCCUCUGUCAAAGCAGAACUUGCUGGGGAAAAUCUUUCUGAGUUGGACCAAGUUACAUGUAAACCUGAUCCCUGUAACUGGGCUGUGGAGGAUAAAAAAAAGCUUUCUGGACUUCAAAACUGCAAACAUUACCAAAUACAUGCAUCUUUUGGUGUAUGUAAUAAGUCAGAAAACAUCAUGGUCCCCCCUGUUGGAAGCAACUUGACUAGUACCAGUAUUACUGACACCAGUGUUACCUUAGAGUGGAAUAUUCCUUCAGGUUGCGAUGGGUACUCAUAUUCAUAUUCAUACUGCUGUAAACUUGAUGCACCAAAUACUGAUUGCCCUGAAAACAUAACUAAUUACACCCUCAUGAUCAUCCAGUCUUUAAUACCCAAUAAAAAAUAUAGAUGUAAAUCAAAAAUACUGUCUGAAAAGGAGACUGUGAACAACAAAACCAUUGUGAUAAAGACAGAUUUUGGAGAGCCAAACAAACCUGAAAAUGUUGUGUAUGAAAGUUUUUCAACAAAUAUCUCAAUCAGCUGGCUGAAGCCAGCAAAUGAAGAGAAUGGUCCUAUUCAUGGCUACAGGGUCCGUAUUGGAUCUUUGCAAGAUUCUAAUUUUUUUCAACCUACAGAAACAGAUGUUUACCUAAACACCAGUCACUUCUGGGAUAAAUUAACACCUUUCACAAAUUAUACUGUAUCUGUAUGGGCAUAUACUUGGAACAGCCAAAAGAAUGAACUUAGUGGAAAGCAACAUGACCUAAACUUGCAAACUAAACCAGACAAACCAUCAGUUCCUCAAAACACAAAAGCUUCCAUACAAGGGAAAAACAAUGAGGUUCAGGUUACCUGUGUAAGACCAGAUCAUUUAAAUGGACCCAUUGAAAAAUAUACAUUGAAGGGUGAUGGUCUCGAAAAGAAAAAUAGCACAUGCUGCUUUCAUUUGACUCUUUCGUUCUUGACAACAUAUAAUUUUACGAUUACUGUUAACAAUGGAUUCCAUAAUUCAGAGCCAAUUUAUAUUGGAAUAUCAACCAGCUACGAUGCUGAUGCCCUGAUUAUAUUUUUGGCAUUCCUUAUUAUUGUAACAACUGUGGCCUUAAUCAUCGUUCUGUAUAAAAUCUACGACCUUAACAAAGAGAAAUCAAGACAUCCAGAUGAAGCUGUGAUGCUUGUUCUUCAAGAUGAUGAAAAGCAGCUGAUGAAUAUAGAGCCAAUUCCCGCAGAGUUGUUAUGGGAAACCUAUAAGAGAAAGAUUGCAGAUGAAGGAAGACUUUUCCUGGAUGAAUUUCAGAGCAUUCCCAGAGUUUUCAGUAAAUUCCCCAUAAGAGAUGCACGCAAAUCUUACAAUCAGAACAAGAAUCGCUAUGUUGAUAUUCUCCCUUAUGACCAUAAUCGUGUGGAGCUUUCUUCAUUAAUCGGUGAUCCAGGUUCCGACUACAUAAACGCAAGCCAUAUUGAUGGCUUCAAAGAACCAAGAAAAUACAUUGCUGCUCAAGGUCCCAAAGAUGAGACAAUGGAUGAUUUCUGGAGAAUGAUCUGGGAGCAAAAGGCAACAAUUGUUGUCAUGGUGACCCGCUGUGAAGAAGGAAACAGGAACAAAUGUGCCAAAUACUGGCCUUCCAUGGAAGAGGAGACUGCCUCAUAUGGGGACAUCGUUGUGAAGAUAAGUGACUGCAAAGUGUGUCCUGACUAUAUGAUUCAGAAACUUCAUAUUACAAAUAGAAGAGAAAAAACAGCUGCAAGAGAUGUGACCCACAUACAGUUUACAAGCUGGCCCGACCAUGGAGUGCCUGAUGAUCCACAUCUCCUUCUCAAGCUACGGCGCCGAGUUAAUGCUUUAAGCAAUUUUUUUAGUGGCCCAAUAGUGGUUCAUUGCAGUGCUGGUGUUGGGCGCACUGGAACCUAUAUUGGGAUUGAUGCAAUGCUGGAGGGACUGGAGACUGAAGGAAGAGUGGAUGUUUAUGGCUAUGUUGCAAAGUUACGACGGCAGCGAUGCCUCAUGGUGCAAGUGGAGACACAGUACAUCUUGAUCCAUCAAGCUUUGGUUGAGUACGUCCAAUAUGGUGAGACAGAAGUCAGCAUCCCAGAACUGCACAACUACCUUAAUAACCUGAAGACAAGUUAUCUUAUCACUAACCCUUCUCUUUUGGAAGCAGAAUUCAUGAGACUGCCUUCGUAUAAGAACUGGCAAACCCAGAGAGCUGGCAAAAGAGAGGAAAAUAAAAGUAAAAACCGGACUUCAGUUAUUCCAUAUGACUAUAACAGAGUAUUAUUCAAACAUGAAGAGGAGGGAAACAGGGAGAGUGAACUUGAUUCCAAUGACUCCUCGGAUGAAGAAAGUGACUGUGAGGAGUCCGACAAGUAUAUCAAUGCUUCCUACAUAAGCGGCUACUGGCUACAAAAUGCAAUGAUAGCAACACAAGGGCCACUGCCAGAAACCAGAAGUGACUUCUGGUCCAUGAUUUACCAGAGAAAAGUAAAAGUUAUCGUUAUGUUGACAGAGCUUAAAGAUGACACUCAGGAACUCUGCACACAGUAUUGGGGGGAAGGAAAACAGACCUAUGAUAAUCUCACCGUUGAACUGAAAGAUACCAACUGUUGUCCCAGCUAUACAAUUCGUGUCUUUGACGUAGCACAGGUGAAGAGGAAAGAAACCCGAGAAGUGUUUCAAUAUCAGUAUCACAAAUGGAAACCCUCUGGCCACCCUGAAUCUCUGCCAGACUUAAUCACCAUGAUUCAGAGUCUCAAACAGAAGCUUCCGGCACCUAUAGCAGCUGAUGCAAAUACGUACAAUAAGAACGUCCCACUUGUUGUUCACUGCCAUGAUGGCUCCCAGCAAACAGGAAUAUUGUGUGCUUUGCUGAAUCUCUUGGAUAGCGCAGAGACGGAAGAUGUCAUAGAUGUUUUCCAAGUUGUGAAAGCUCUUCGCAGAGCCAGGCCAGGAAUGGUCUCCACUUUUGAAGAUUACCAGUUACUUUAUGAUGCAAUUGCUGAGGUGUAUCCUGCCCAGAAUGGACAACUGCAAAAAAACAAAUGCCAAGAACACAAAGUCAAUAUUCACAAUGAUUCAGAGGAAGGAGAGGAGGCUAACUCUAGUACGAAGGAUGUCUGCAUUCUAGUUCAAGAAAGUGAGAAUGGUGUAAACAUGGAGGAAGAAUCCAAAGCUACAGCUGGCUCUAGGGAAGCAGAAAGUUCUCUGAAUGGACCCACCAAUCCAGUGCUAACUGAAAUAGCCUAGAGACCCUUUGAAACUUUCCAGUUAAAACACCUGCACAAGCCAUACAUCUUCAUUCCAGAGUAAAUUACAAACGAGAGGUUUCCUUUAGAUUUUCUGCUUUUUUUCCUUUUGACAAAAGUUAUUGUAAAACCUUGAAGUUUUGUGGGACCGCUUACUUGAAACUGGUUAAUAUCAUGGCACACUGUGAAUUGUGUGUGGGUGUGAGCAGACUGCUUUAUUCAUUGUUGGUAAAACAAUGAUGGUGGAAAAACACCAUCGUAAAACACAGAGCUAUUUUUUUUAAAAAACUACAGUUUUUAACUGAGAAACAGAGGAAAGAAAGAUGAAACUUCUCCUUUUAACUUUUAAAAAUAAGAAACAACAUACCUAGGAUGGAUUAGAUGCAUUUCAUUGACUGCAUAAUCUUGGAUAUACAGGGUGGUACUCAAAGCAUAGCUCAAAUAGCAGUGUAUCAGGGUUCAAAGCAUAGCGCAAGAAGUUCUGGAACCCAAAGGGGAGAUUUUUUACAUCAUGCAACUAUGUAAUAUAACCAACUAUUUUGAAAACUGAGGAAAUAGGCAUGAAGGCAUGAGGCACAAUGAGGCAUGAAGGCCAGCUACUCACAUUUUUUAAGAAGGAAAAAAUUCCAUUGGACAUCUCAGAGUCUUUGGACAGUUUUAAAAUUGGUUCCCAACCACAGUAAUUCACAUGUUCAUUUUUUGGCCCCUAAGAGGAAAAAUGUAAGCAUAAUCCCUGACUGGACAUUAUUAAGUAUUGAGAUUUCAGUGCAUAGUAACAGCUUUAUUGAGAACUGGCAGCACACAAUCUGAACACAGGCUCAACAGGAGCCAACUAUAUACACACAAGCCACACCCCAUUUUCAAGCAACAACCAAUAGGCACACAUAACUAGAAUCCUUAAUUUGCAUUAUAUACAAAAUACCUUAUUUACAGUAUAGUGAUUGGUCUUUAUUAUACAGCACUGAUUGGCUGCUGCCGGCAGGAAACAACCGAUAGUAAUGAAGACUUCAGGAGCCUGAGCUCAGACAGAAGCUAAGUCAAUACAUAACAAACAACUUCAAGAUGCACAUGGUAGUGGUACUGUAAAUAUGCAUUCCUUGACACUGGUGAACUGAACAGCCUGCAGAUCUCUGCAAAUGUUUUGAAGCCCACACAGGACUCUGGAAAAGAUGCUAAAUUGUUAAAAUCAGCACUGUUCAACAAACAUACAUUAAGCAGAGAUGGAUGGAUAGAAACAAUGAAAGUAAGCAAGGGACAGACAAUCAAGCCCAAAUGUAAGAUUUGCAUUUCUCAAACUGUCCUGGAGAUGUCACUGUCUUCCCAGAAAUACUUCAGUGGUGUCUCUCUCUGGGUCAUCAAGUAGUACUGAAUAUUUUGCAAAAUGCUGGUUGAACUAUUACAAUUGACAUUUUUAUUCCACAUAUUAGCUCAGCUUUUUAUAUAUUUUCUGGUUUCUCUAGCCCCAUUGUAUAUGCUACUGUUUUGCAAAAAUUUUAUAUGAAGUGUUUUAUCUAUUAAAUUUGUGUCAGUUUCAUUUA